UUCAUUGUACUUGCAAUAUGUUGAAGUUUGUGAUUUUGUUGUCGGUCGUUGCCUGCGCUUUUGGUGCUGCCAUUCCUGAGGGUCUCCUACCCCAGUUGGAUGGACGCAUUGUUGGAGGUACUCCCACUAAUAUCGGGGAUUAUCCGUAUCAGAUUUCUCUGCAACGUAAUGGCGGCCACUCUUGUGGUGGUUCCAUCUACAACAACAAGAUUAUUGUCACUGCUGCUCAUUGCCUGCAGAAAGUGGCCGCUUCCGCCCUGCGCAUCCGUGCUGGUUCUAGCUACUGGAACUCUGGUGGUGUUCUCAUCAAUGUUUCUGGCUUCAAGAAUCACGAGGGAUACAACGCAAACACAAUGGUCAACGAUAUUGCUAUCAUCCAUCUAAGCAGUCCCCUGACCUACAGCAGCAACAUCAGGCCUAUUAAUCUGGCAAGCUCCUCUCCUAAUAACGGUGCUGUUGCUGUUGUCACUGGUUGGGGAACUACUAACAACGGUGGCUCAAUCCCCGAUACGCUUCAGGAGGUUUUCGUUGACAUUAUCAGCCCGGAUAUGUGUGCAUCCAGCAAAUACGGUUAUGGUAGCCAAAUUAAGGCAACUAUGAUCUGUGCCGCUGCCUCCGGCAAGGACGCCUGCCAGGGUGACUCUGGUGGCCCAUUGGCCGCUAAUAAUGUGCUCGUCGGUGUUGUUUCCUGGGGCAUUGGCUGCGCCCAGCCCAACUACCCCGGUGUCUAUGCCAACGUUGCCGAUCUCCGUAGCUGGGUGAUUAGCACUGCUUAAAAUGUUUGUGAAAUAAAGCAAAGA